UAAUAUAUAACAAGUGAAAGCAGAAGCCGAAAAGAAAAAUAAUUAUUAUGGCUUCACCGCAAACAGCAGCAGGAGCACCUCCUUCUGUCUCCCAAACCGUUCCAUCUCCGCCGCCGCUUCCCCCACCACCACCGCCACCGCCACCAGUUGUCUCCAAGCUGGAGGAGAAGAAGCCAAGUGAGAAGGGUGUACUUGUCCCCAAUGCAAAACUGGAUGAACAGCCUGACAUUUCACAUUUUGAGAUUCUUGACAGUGUGGAGUACAUUGACAAAUGCAAAAAAUAUGAAGCUGACUACACCCAGCGCUUGAUGGCAAAAUAUUUCUCAAAGAAAGAUCUUUAUGGAGGCAACAUAUUUGAUGAGAAAAUGACUAUAGAUAAUGAGAUAAUAAUGUCAAGCAAGUGGCCUUGUACUCUAUCAUUUGCAGACCCAGUAAAGAGUUUCGAGGAACAGAGCAACACUGGUUCAACUUCAACAUCAGAAGCCUGAGUAAAAUCUCAAAUGGAAGUAGCCACUGAUGUAGAGAUGCUGGUGAAAUAGUUUCUUCCCAGCUGCCAAAUAUGGUACUGUAUAUGAUAUAUAUGGAUGCUGCUGACAAAAUACAGGAGAAUGGUAGUCAUCGAUGCCUACAAUCACAACAGCAAUGCUUGCUCAAAUUUGAUCUCCAAUUAUAAUGCUAUCUAGGACCACUGAAUCCAUUAUUGAUCCAAAUUUGUUGGCUUCGGAAACAAAAACUUGAUGUUGAGGAUGCCCUGUGAGUCCUGUCUAUCUUUUGUCAUUUGAUAUGUGAGAGUAAUGCAUAGCUUUAUGAUGAUAUACAGUAGAAUGAUUUUCAAAUGCCGUACAUUGGGCACUGAGAAUUCUGUUUAA